CCAUGUUACCACUCUCACUUUGACACUGUUGUUAAAACGUUUAGUUCGAAUAGAACAUAAUAAACACCACCGACAAUGAACACGUUCGCUGUACUCUGUCUUCUCGUGUGCUGUGUGGCCGUAUCAAUGGCUCAAUGGCAAGGAAACACCAAUUAUCUGCCUAGAAGACACUUUCCUCAAACACGUUACUGCACAGACUACCGUGGCCGACUUGUGAGUCCCGGCCAGAGCUACAGUGAUGGUUGCAACACAUGUAUGUGUGGAUCUUACGGACAGCCGACCUACUGCACCCAGCGUUUCUGUGGUGGUCUUCCAAGCCAUGGUCUUCCCGUCCACCAGGUCCUUCCAAGCCAUGGCCUUCCCAUCCGACAGGUCCGCCCCAGAGCAGGAGGAUAUUGAUCAAGACAACAGUGAAUGUGUGAACACUCACCAUUUAUACCUCACCAAAGAAAUUCACUUUAUUUAUAAUUUGAUUCGUUUAUAUGUCCAAUAAAUUGUCAUUAAAUCUUGA